UCAAAGAGGCGGAAAGAUCGGCCAUAGAAAGCUCGCACAAACUAACUGCUUCUUCCUUUUGGGCUCCAAACACCAUGAAGGUCUCUGGUUGCUUCCUUUCUGUUUACCUCGCCCUUUUGCUACCAACAACGGCUGCACUUUGGGCUCCUCGUCCUGAUGGCCUUGCAAACACAGUCAAGCUACCCUUGUACAGCAACUUUCGAACCAGACCGGUGGCUUUCCCUGAUGUGAGGUCUUCUUCGGCCUUACAAGUCUCCACUGGCCAUGCCCUGCGAGGUGGUGGCUGUAGUGAUACGUCUAUGACGUUGUUUCUGAAGGUUGGAGUCAGUGCCAUACUUCAAGCCAUCUCUUUGUUGGGCGUGUUGAGAGCCGGCAAGGAAGUAUCUGAUAAAGUAUCUGCCGAAAUCGAACAGCCCAAACUUCCCCAAUGGCUUUCCAUCAAACUCUUGCCUCAAUGGCUCUCCAUUGGAGUGGUUGUGUUUGCCUCGAGCAUUUUUGGAAGUUUGGUGGAUGGAGGCAUGAGUGCCGCCACGCAGCAAUUUAUGGAUCCCAAUGUGGUUCCUGGAGACCCAAAUUGGUAUUCUAACUUGGUUAAACCAGUGUGGAAUCCUCCGGGGUGGCUCUUCCCCAUCAUGUGGCUUUUGGUUAGCAAGCCUACCCAGGCCAUUGCGUUGAAUAAGGUGUUGAAGAAUGAUGACAAGGAGAAGCCCAAAUUCCGUUGGAAGGCCCUGGGAGUGUACUGUGCUCACUUGGCACUGGGGGACGCCUGGAACAAGGUGUUUUUUGGCUUUCAAUGCAUCGGGCGAGGAACAGCAGUGAUUACAACAUUCUUUGGGGCUCUUUUGACGAGUACCAAACUAUUCUACGAUCUGGAUCCAGAGGCUGGUAAAUUCAUGUUGCCGACAUGCGGUUGGGUGGCUGUGGCCACAGCACUCAAUUGGAGUAUCUAUUUUAAGAACUAGGAGUGCGGAGGCCAGUCAUUUUCCUUCCCUCGUUUGGCAAGUACAUUUUGCUCUGUUUCAGGCAGCAUUACAGGAAUGAGGAGUCUUGCUAGCUUCAUCAUUAAUACUAGCCAUAAUGGCAUUCUGCAAUGUCCACCUGCUGUGACAUCACUCAAUGGCUGGUAGAAAAGUCUCCACUGUUGCCACCAGGCACUACCGGUAUGCAUACCAGCACAAAGCCUGUUGCGGUGAGUUGGAGGUUCAUCGUUCUUGUCAUGGUACGCUUUACAUGUGGACAUAGCAUGUCUUUAGCUUGUUAAGGCUGCAGUGGAUUGAUGCUGACGACCCUCAAACAACCCAAAUUUCUUGUCCCCAUCAGUGGGCCAUGCAAACUACUAACAUUAAGGUUGGCUAGCUAUAAGUUUGUUUUGGUGACCCAAGAACAGUGUCACGCUCUCUUUGAAGGAUUGUUCAAAAUCCGAAAUGGGCACGGGAUAGGGGUCAUCAUCAGUACGCAAGUCACGAGGUCGAUGAAUGCAUCCAGCCAUCUGUGCCAGGUAUUGAAAAUGGCGCAUACUAUCACUAUAUCCAUGCGGCUUGAUCUCAAGUAGCACUGUACCCGGACGAGCAAGAAAGAUGUGUGAAAGCCCUGCACCAUGCAUGCCAACCACAACAUCCGCUUGCUGGAACAUGACAAUCUGUUCGGCUACAUCAUGCUCUUCCAAAACCACCCGAUUGACAAUCACCGUUGGAAAAUUUGCCUUGGACAAAAUGCCCAUGGGCUCAUCGGGACCCUUGUAGUGUUCCAAAAAGUGCAAGAUUUCUUCUUCAUUUUGAAUAAUUCGAGAUACUGUGCCAUCCAUACGGGGAUGGGAUUGAUAGUUGGUGCG